GACCUGGACUCCUGGCGGCGUGCCACUUGAGCCUCUAUCAGUCCCAUUCGCCGGCGCGGUCGCGGAAACUGAGAUUAGGGUUUAUCGGCGAGGGUAGAGAGAGCAAGAAGUGGAAGAGGGUGGCGAUGAUGGCCUGCAGGCUACGAUUCCACCAGCUUAGGCUGGUUGGAGUCCGGCCGACCUGCUGCACUCCGGCCCGGGCGCUCGCGGCGGUGAAACCCCAAAAGAUUCAGCCCCCCAAGAAGAAAAAGCGAUUGGAUGAAGUGUGCCUUGAGAGGUUUCAACAAUACAGCAGAACAUACAUCCAGUCAUGGAUCAUUCAGGGUAAAGUCCAUGUGAACGGCAGGGUUGUCAACAAAGCUGGAACACAAGUAUCUGACAAGUCAGUCAUAGAAAUCAAGGCUGAAAUCCCAAAAUAUGUAUGUAGAGCUGGGCAUAAGCUUGAGGCAGCAAUCAAAGAAUUUGGAGUUGACUGUGAUGGAAAGGUAGCCCUUGAUUCAGGGCUGUCUACAGGUGGUUUUACGGACUGUUUACUUCAGCAUGGGGCAUCACAUGUGUACGGUGUCGAUGUUGGUUAUGGACAGGUGGCUGAAAAAAUUCGUGUGCAUGAACAUGUUUCAGUAAUUGAACGUACAAAUUUAAGACAUCUUGAUAAGCUACCACAACUGGUUGACUUGGUGACGCUGGACCUCUCAUUCAUCUCAAUUCUUGUGGUUAUGCCUGCUGUGGUCAAAGUAAUGAAGACAGACUCGACAUUGAUAACACUUAUCAAGCCUCAAUUUGAAGCUCGUAGAUCUCAGGUAGGAAAAGGUGGGAUUGUUCGAGACCCUCUGGUUCAUAAAGAGGUGUUGGAUAGGAUAAUUUCAGGCAUAGAGAAGUUUGGGUUCCGCAAUGAGGGUUGGAUCGAGUCUCCUCUAAAGGGUGCAGAAGGGAACAUAGAGUUUCUUGCCUGCUUCGAAAGGAUCUCAAUGCCAGAGGCAGGGGCAGAGGCGGAGGCAGUAACACAGGCAGAUGCACAGAUGGAGGCAGAGGCAGUAACACAAGCAGAUGCACAGACGGAGGCAGAGGCAGUAACCACACAGGCAGAGGCAGAUGCAGAGAAAAAAUGAUUACCAUUAUGUCUAUGUCAUGCCAGAUUUGGUUAGAGAAUUAGCUGGAACAAGGGAUCGUUGUUUUUCGCACUAUUACGCAGAAGUAUCUGGAUUCCGUCAAAUCAGGUUGCACUGGGAUUUUGCAUAUGCCACUCUGAAAGUUCAAAAUUUGUGUUUGGCAAGACCAACAAAGUAGAUCCAGACAUGACAGUGAGAUACUCGGUUGUAUACAAAAUUUACUUUUUAGUGGAAAUACAAAACUAAAUUGCCAGAUUUGGUUGCUGUUCAUCGAGAAUGUGAGAAUGUAUUUGUUUAUCUCAACAUAUGGAAUUUUCUUGUUGUUAACUGAGAAUGUGAGAACAGUUCUUACAUUCUGUACUUCUGUGAUUUAGCUAUGUUAUAUUUGUUAUAAUUUAA